AUCGUCUGCCUUACUCUCUAUUCCUAAUUGUAAAUUAUUAUUUUAAUGUCAGUGUUCCACAAGGGAGGAUGGUUGAUGUGUUCAUUUAAACUUAAAUCUAGUAAAUUUCAUCAGGCUAACUGAUCUAUUUCUUAAGAAGAACUGAGGCACCAUGGGGUUUAAGUUGACACUAACUGUUCUACAGCUUUUGCUCUUGAAUGAAUGGUCCAGUGGUCAACCAGAAUGUGCCAUGCCCCCCAUCAGCAGCAGGAUUGUCGGGGGUCAGAAUGCUGCGGAUGGGAACUGGCCAUGGCAGGCCAGUCUACACAUAUUUGGGACUCAUGUGUGUGGGGGCUCCCUCAUAAACAAAGAGUGGGUGAUGUCUGCAGCUCACUGCUUCUUCAGCACAAACUCUGCUUUGUGGACCAUUUAUCUGGGGCGACAGGACCAGCAGGGUAGCAGCCCUAACGAAGUCUCCAGAAGUGUGGCUGAAAUCAUACGCCACCCUGAUUACGACAGCAAUACUUUUGACAAUGAUAUCGCUCUGGUGAAGCUUGCCUCCCCCGUCAACUUUACAGACUUCAUUCGACCCGUUUGCCUGGCAGCCAGCAACAGCUCCUUCUAUAAUGGAACAGAGAGCUGGAUCACCGGCUGGGGCAACAUAAAUGAGGGAGAGCCUCUUCCCUUGAAUGAGACGUUGCAGGAAGCGCAGGUGUUCGUGAUAGGUAACAGUCAGUGUAGCUGCCUCUAUGGCUUCAGCAUGACUGAUAACAUGAUCUGUGCUGGAUUACUGGAUGGAGGCAUUGGCGCUUGCCAGGGAGACUCUGGAGGUCCGAUGGUGAGCCUACAGAACUUAGUGUGGGUCCAGUCUGGAAUUGUUAGUUUUGGUGUCGGCUGCGCUCAGCCCAAUUUCCCAGCAGUGUACACCAGGGUGUCCCGUUACCAAAGCUGGAUCAGUUCCCAGAUAAGCACCGACCAGCCAGGCUUUGUCCUGUUCUCCUCCAGUGGAAUAGACAGUGACACAAACUUCACCUGUAACAUCGUUACCCCUACCAUCAUUGUUUCACCCAUACCACCUCCACCACGGCCAUUUUACCCAUUUGGUGUUCUCAAUGGAGACACAGUGAUGCCCAGUGAGAAUGAUGGAAGCUCAUUUGUGAUCCAAACACUCACCAGGUUUCUCUUCUUUGGAAGCACACAUCGCCAACUAUAUGUUAACGAAAAUGGUUUCUUGACCUUUGAUGCUCCUUCAAAUGCCUCAGACCCUGUUUAUUUCCCAUCAUAUCCCAGAGGAGACAUCAUUGCUCCAUUCUGGACAAACAUUGACAGCCGUGUUAACGGCACCAUCUCCUAUCGUCAGGUUACCAGUGGUAGCCUUCUGCAGCAGGCCACACAGGAUAUCAACCAGUAUUUCCCCAACCUGACCUUCACUGCUUCCUGGGUCUUCAUUGCCACAUGGGACAGGGUGGCAUACUUCCCACUAUCAGGCACAGAAACAUCCUUCCAGGUGGUGUUGAUCUCAGAUGGCAUUCUAUCUUUUGUCCUUAUGAACUACGGACACAUCGCCCCCAGUAACGGAUAUGUACAGGCUGGAUAUGACACAGUAAAUUCGACUCAUCAUUUCCAAAUCCCCGGCUCCUUUCAAAGCAACAUUACAGGAUUGAACUCUACCAGCAAUGUCAAUGAGACAGGCCGCUGGGCAUUUCGCACCGAUAAGUGCAUCAACAGCUGCACUCUGAAUGGAACCUUUUAUCCUUUUGGAGUUUCGAGUGGAGACACAGUGAGCCCCUUUGAGGAUGAUGGGAGUUCAUCUGAGAUCACAUUGAAUGAGAAUUUCCCCUUCUUUCAAAGAAAAUACCGCCAAUUAUAUGUGAACAAUAACGGCUUCCUUACCUUCGAGAGACCUUGGAGCAAUUAUAUCCCCUUCUUGUUCCCAUCCAACUCUGGCAGUGACAUCAUUGCUGUGUUCUGGACAGACCUGGAUAACAGGGCAAAUGGCAUCGUCUCCUAUCGUCAGGUUACCAGUGGUAGCCUUCUGCAGCGGGCCACACAGGAUGUUAACCAGUACUUCCCCAGCCUGCACUUCACUGCUUCCUGGGUCUUCAUCGCCACGUGGGACAGGGUGGCCUACUUCCCAGUAACAGGCACAGAAACAUCUUUUCAGGUGGUGUUGAUCUCAGAUGGGCAUCACUCUUUCACUCUGAUGAACUAUGGCCGCAUCAGCCCAAGAUUGCAAAGAACAGAGGUUGGAUAUGAUACAACUGACUCUGAACAUUACGAAACCAUCCUUGGCUCUUACAAAAUCACAGACUUGCCUUUCACCAGCAAUGUCAAUGUUGCAGGCCGUUGGGCGUUUCAAACAUCCAACAAAUGUAACGAGGUCAAGGCGAUCUUCAGAGUCCGGAUCAGUGCACUAAGUACCCACCUGAAUCCCAAUGAUCCCUCGCUGGCACAAGCGAUUAGAGACGGGCUGUUACAGAAAAUGUCGAUUUCCAACGCCACCUGCUCUGCAUGAGGAGAAGAAGUAUGAAGGAGGACAGCCUUUGAAUCUAAAGG